AUGGCUGUUUUACAAACUACUCAGCUCGAACGACUAGACGGCAAGGACCCGUCUACAACGUUCGACAAAGUUGUUGAGAUCAUCCGAAGGGAUGGCGGUGUGAUAAUCAACGGGCUUCUCGAAAAAGAACACGCUGGACGUAUUAGUGCAGAACUGAAGCCCGUCUAUGAAGCCGACAUCCCCGACACCUCUGGGUUUUUCCCGACCACCACUCGACGUGCAACUGGACUGCUAGGGGUGUCCCCCGGGUGUGUCGAACUCGCCACCAACAAACUCUGGAUUGAUGUUUGCAACGCGGUCCUCACAAGCACUUGUCAACCCUGGUAUGGAGAGAAACGGGCAACAUGGACUUCGAAGCCGAUUCUGGCCGGUACCUUUGGGUUUCAGAUCCACCCGGGUUCUCGCCAGCAGGACCUGCACCGUGACGAUAGUGACUAUCAUCUCCCGCCCGGAGUAGACUCUUGUAUGAUGGGAUGUCUUGUCGCCACGACCAGAUCGACAAAGGAGAAUGGCGCGACGAUGAUCAUCCCUCGCUCGCAUCUUUGGAGUCUCGAUCGUGCGCCGAAGAAUAUGGAAGCUAUACCGGCUGAACUUGAUGUGGGCGAUGCUUUAAUCUUCUCCGGCAAUGUGUACCACGGAGGUGGAGCCAACAAGACGAAGGAUGAAAUCCGCGAGGUUGUAGGACUGUUCAUGUGCAAGGGGUUCUUACGCCCAGAAGAGAAUCACACCUUGGCUGUGCCGCCUGAGCAAGCUAAGAAGCUCUCCCCUCAGGUACAGCGCCUGCUCGGCUAUGGGAUCAGUCAACCGGCGGUUGGAUUCUACAAGUAUAAGGACCCAAUGCAGAUCUUGUUCGGGGUAGAGGACGACGAGACAGUACAUCUUUGA